AUGUGCAAAAGCAACUUCCACAUACCUCAAACAAUUGACCACAUACCUGUAACAAGUACCCACAUACCUGUAACUAGUAACCACAUACCUGUAUCUAGUGCCCACAUACCUGUAACCAGUAACCACAUACCUGUAACUAGUGCCCACAUACCUGUAACUAGUGACCACAUACCUGUAACAACUGCCCACAUACCUGUAACUAGUGACCACAUACCUGUAACAAGUGCCCACAUACCUGUAACUAGUGACCACAUACCUGUAACCAGUAACCACAUACCUGUAACAAGUGACCACAUACCUGUAACAAGUGACCACAUACCUGUAACAAGUGACCACAUACCUGUAACUAGUGACCACAUACCUGUAACAAGUGACCACAUACCUGUAACUAGUGACCACAUACCUGUAACAAGUGACCACAUACCUGUAACCAGUAACCACAUACCUGUAACCAGUGACCACAUACCUGUAACUAGUGACCACAUACCUGUAACCAGUAACCACAUACCUGUAACUAGUGACCACAUACCUGUAACAAGUGACCACAUACCUGUAACUAGUGCCCACAUACCUGUAACCAGUAACCACAUACCUGUAACUAGUGACCACAUACCUGUAACCAGUAACCACAUACCUGUAACUAGUGACCACAUACCUGUAACAAGUGACCACAUACCUGUAACUAGUGACCACAUACCUGUAACUAGUGACCACAUACCUGUAACAAGUGACCACAUACCUGUAACUAGUAACCACAUACCUGUAACAAGUGACCACAUACCUGUAACAAGUGACCACAUACCUGUAACAAGUGACCACAUACCUGUAACCAGUAACCACAUACCUGUAACAAGUGACCACAUACCUGUAACAAGUGACCACAUACCUGUAACAGGUAACCACAUAACUGUAACAAGUGACCACAUACCUGUAACCAGUAACCACAUACCUGUAACAAGUGACCACAUACCUGUAACAAGUGACCACAUACCUGUAACCAGUAACCACAUACCUGUAACUAGUGACCACAUACCUGUAACUAGUGACCACAUACCUGUAUCUAGUAACCACAUACCUGUAACUAGCGACCACAUACCUGUAACAAGUAACCACAUACCUGUAACAAGUGACCACAUACCUGUAACAAGUAACCACAUACCUGUAACAAGUGACCACAUACCUGUAACUAGUGACCACAUACCUGUAACAAGUGACCACAUACCUGUAACAGGUAACCACAUAACUGUAACAACUGCCCACAUACCUGUAACUAGUGACCACAUACCUGUAACAAGUGACCACAUGCCUGUAACAAGUAACCACAUACCUCUAACUAGUGACCACAUACCUGUAACAAGUAACCACAUACCUGUAAGAAGUGACCACAUACCUGUAACUAGCGACCACAUACCUGUAAACAUUAACCACAUGGUCACUGGUUACAGCUAUGCUGUUAUGUAA